AUGGACUUGAAGGUGGAGGUGGUCGGGUUGAUCAUGGAAGACUCACCCGAGUUGGCGCAAUUGAUGCAUCAUCUCCAGGGCUCGUCAUCUGCUCAACCUGCAAUGCCCGAAUCAACGUCUACACCCGGGCUAUUACCAAAUGGUAAAAAGACGAAAGGUCGUGUCAAGAUUAAAAUGGAAUAUAUUGGAAACAAACUCAGACGGUAUACCACAUUUAGUAAAAGGAAAACGGGCAUCAUGAAAAAAGCUUACGAGUUAUCGACAUUAACGGGCACACAAGUUAUGCUGUUGGUCGCAUCGGAAACAGGUCACGUGUAUACGUAUGCGACGAAAAAACUUCAACCGAUGAUCUCUUCGGAUACCGGCAAAGCGCUUAUACAAACAUGUUUGAAUGCACCUGGAGGUAAGGAUUGA